AUGAUGGAGUGGAGUCAGUCAUUACAAGAACAACAUGAUGCUUUCACCUGGUUCACACAGUCCCAGCUCCAGUCUGUGAUCAGGAACGGUAUAGUCCCAGAAUGGUUUCAUGGGAUCAUUUCCAGGAAAACAGCAGAGGAACUGCUCAUGUCCAAGCCUCCUGGCUACUUCCUCAUCAGAGUGAGUGAGACCAGGAUUGGCUACACUCUCACUUAUCGCACUGACAACCGCUGCAGACAUUUCAUGAUUAAUGCAUUGGAGGAUGGCCAUUACAUCAUAGUAGGGGAGAAUAAGCGUCACCGGUUCCUGCAGGACCUCGUGGACUUUCAUCGUAGAACUCCCAUCAUGCCUUUCAGUGAGGUGCUGACUGUCGCUUGUGGACAGUCCUCAAAUGAAAAGACAGACUACGCAGAACUUCUGUUUCCCCAAAGACAUCUGACACCUAACGCCAGUUUGCUACAAAACAAGUCCCUGCAAUUCAACAGGAGACACCCAGUAUCACAAGAAGAGAUUAUCCCACCUGCCCUUCCUUAUCGACCAAACGAUCUGAUCAACUCUACAUUCCAGUUUCCAAGCAGCCAGCCAAACAGACUUUACCCAUGUUUAAAAGAAGAAUUUCCACAUGUCACCUCCAUACUUCCAGCCACGCCUGUGCCACUGACCAGGAAGAGAUAUACAGUUGACAACCCUCCAUCCAACCAGCCGCCUGAAGUCCCUGCCCGGAGCAAUGUGCCUCCACUGAAGCAGAACCAAGCUUGUAUCAGGACAGUCUCUGCACCUGAGGGUCCCUCAAUAGCCCCAGCCAUUGAACACCCGCUCGGCGGCGACGUCCGGCCUGUGAGGAACAAUGAAGUGAAGCCGUCAGUCGUCAGCAACCUAAAGAACCUUAAGAAGAAAUUCCAAAAGAGGAGAAGCACAUUGCAGGAGCAUAUGUACACAGAGAUUAAUGUGGAGGCGACUCACAGGGGUGCAAACAGUGAGAAUGAGUACCAGGAGAUCACGGGGGAGCAGACCUUCGAUGGUGCACCAUUUUCCUACACUCACACUGAUAUGACGCUGACUGAUGGAGUGUUACCUCAAGAGUACCUGCCACCUCCUCCUUUUGCCCCGGGCUACUGA